GCGCAGUGGUUCUCCAUGCGGGAAUUUUGGGAGCAGAUGCAACUCACAGUCAAGAUAGGAGGGAUGGUGGCGAUUUGGACUUGUGCGUCGCUUUAUUCUCAUCCUACUACGCCCAAUGCGAGAGCCGUUGAGAAGGCGCUCUCUCACCUUGAAGAUGUGGUGCUCGCGCCGGUUGAACUCCCCUCGAAUCGGCUUUCGACGUCCUUGUAUGAUACUCUUCCUCUACCGUGGACGGUGAGUCCGCCGGUGGAAGGGUUCGCGAAAAGCCGAUUCACGCGCAUGGAGUGGAAUCGCGGGGGUGCGGUAAAGGAUGGAGGGGAUUUUCUGGUGCGGCAGUUGCAGAAUUUGGAGGAGUUGGGAAGGGGUCUUGGGUCGGCGAGUAUGGUGAAGCGAUGGCGACAGGCGAAUCCUGACCUUGCUGGGACUGAUGCGGAUUGUGUGACGGCUGCGAUAGACGAGGUUCGGAAGGCGUCGAAGGAC